GAUAUACAUAAUGAGAUUUACACUAGCUUGAGUAGAUUACAAGAUUCAUACGUUUUCCAGAACCUUAUAUAAGCUGGGAGUACCUAAGAAAGUUUAGUAAAAUCAGCCGUGCUUAUGUACCAGCUCUUGUGAUUCGAAAAGUCCAUCGAGUGAAACCAUGAAAUACUACGUAUUGUUAUUGAUAUUCGCCAUUGCGUAUCAAGGGGUAACAGGUUUUUCUCCAAGGAACCAAGUUUACCAAUAUGUCUCCAACCACCUGAAAGAACAGCCUCGCAAAAGAAUUUAUCCAAUUGUAAUCGAGAGUAUAGACAGGAAAACUGAAAACCCGUUGUUUAUACCCCCUAUACCCAGCAUUCCUUCUUCAGGUUUCUUCGCUUCACAUGUCACAGUACCAUAUAUGAAAGAAUUAAUAGAAAUAGAAGAUAAAAACAAUAAUGCAAUUGAACAACAAAGGUUAUUCGUAGAGAAACAUACAGAGUUGUAUAUUGAAAAAGCUAUCGAAGCGGUCGAGACCGUAGUCGGAAUGGUACAAAAGGUUUACGAAGAAGCAAAGAAUUUUUUAUAUGGCAUUAAGAAUAAAAAAAAACCAUCGGAAUCUGAGAACAAGCCAUCAGGCAAUCAAACGGAAGCGAGUAUACCUCAAACAACUCCCAGCUUCGACGAAUCGUUGAUUAAUCAGCCAACUACGCCAGUUAAAAUUAACAACAACAAAAAGAAGCCCCAAAAUAUUAAAGAUUCAGUGACACCUGAGAGUACUACAUCAAACAUUGAAACGCAAGAAAAUGUAUCACCAACAGUCUCUACGCUGGACGAAUCGACAGUCAAUCAGCAAACUACGCCAGCUAAAAUUGACAACAACAAAAAGAAGCCCGAAGAUAUUAAAGAUUCAGUGACGUCUGAGAGUACUACAUCAAGCACUGAAACGCAAGAAAAUGUAUCACCAACAGCCUCUACGCUGGACGAAUCGACAGUCAAUCAGCAAUCUACACCAGAUAAAAAUAACGACAACAAAAAGCAGUCCGAAGAUAUUAAAGAUUCAGUGACACCUGAGAGUACUACGUCAAGCAAUGAGACGCAACUGAGAGUACUACGUCAAGCAAUGAGACGCAAGAAAAUCCUUUAA